CGCCGGCGUGGGCGCGGGCGCGGUGCACGCUGGGAGCUGUCACUAGGCCCUUCGGCUCCCGGCCUCCGCGUCGUUGCCGCGGUUGCCAGGAGAGCGGCGCCGGCGGGGAGCGGCCGAGCCCACGGCAGGUGAUGAUUUUACAUGACUUUGGAACUGGUCUCUAGUGGAACGCUGUGGGAGGAUGAACACAGAAGAGCUGGAGUUACUGAGUGACUCCAAAUACAGAAACUAUGUAGCCGCAAUUGACAAAGCACUAAAGAAUUUUGAAUAUUCCAGUGAAUGGGCAGAUUUGAUAUCGGCACUUGGAAAACUUAAUAAGGUUUUACAAAAUAAUGCAAAGUACCAGGUAGUACCCAAAAAGCUGACUAUAGGCAAACGCCUAGCUCAAUGCCUACAUCCAGCAUUACCAGGUGGAGUUCAUCGAAAGGCACUUGAAACAUAUGAAAUUAUCUUUAAAAUCAUUGGACCCAAGAGACUUGCCAAAGAUCUUUUUUUAUACAGUUCUGGAUUAUUUCCUCUUCUUGCAAAUGCUGCCAUGUCUGUGAAACCAACAUUGCUAAGUUUGUAUGAGAUAUAUUACCUGCCUUUGGGUAAAACACUGAAGCCUGGUCUACAAGGAUUGCUAACUGGUAUUCUGCCUGGCUUAGAAGAAGGAUCGGAGUACUACGAGAGAACAAACACUUUGCUGGAGAAGGUUGCUGCUGCAGUGGACCAGUCCGCAUUCUACAGUGCCCUCUGGGGGAGUCUUCUCACCAGUCCUGCUGUGCGUUUACCAGGAAUCACAUAUGUUCUCGCCCAUUUGAACAGAAAGCUUUCCAUGGAAGAUCAACUUUAUAUAAUUGGCAGUGAUAUUGAGCUAAUGGUAGAAGCAGUAAGUACUUCCGUGCAGGACUCAAGUGUACUUGUACAGAGAAGCACACUGGACCUCAUACUCUUCUGUUUUCCCUUCCACAUGAGUCAGGCCACUCGACCAGAUAUGAUCAGGAUCUUGUCAGCAGCUCUUCAUGUAGUACUGAGGAGGGAUAUGUCCCUGAACCGAAGACUUUAUGCAUGGCUUCUUGGUUUUGAUAACAACGGUGCUAUCAUAGGACCCAGAAGCACAAGACACAGUAAUCCUGAAGAACAUGCUACUUACUAUUUCACUACCUUUUCAAAAGAAUUGUUGGUCCAGGCAAUGGUGGGCAUCUUACAAGUGAAUGGAUUUGGAGAAGAGAGCACUUUAAUGCAGGAUCUAAAACCUUUUCGUAUUUUAAUCAGUUUACUUGACAAACCUGAGCUAGGACCUGUAAUUCUGGAAGAUGUCCUAAUUGAAGUAUUUAGAACAUUAUAUUCGCAAUGCAAAGCAGAAUUGGAUCUUCAAAUGGAACCACCCUUCAGCAAGGAUCAUGCUCAGUUAAGCAGUAAAUUAAGGGAAAAUAAGAAAACAGCAGAGCUGAUUAAAACUGCCAACCUUCUCUUUAAUUCCUUUGAGCCUUAUUAUAUGUGGGAUUACGUUGCACGUUGGUUUGAAGAAUGUUGUAGGAGGACACUGCAUGCCAGACUUCAGAUUGGGCCUGGAGAUAGUAGUGAGUCAUCUGAGUUACAGCUGACCAAUUUCUGCUUACUGGUGGAUUUUUUGUUGGAUAUAGUUUCUUUGGAGACUUAUAUUGAAAUCCAGACUGAACACUUGCCCCAGUUGCUCCUCAGGAUGAUUUCUGCCCUGACAAGCCAUCUCCAGACAUUACACUUGUCUGAACUCACAGAUUCACUCAGGCUCUGCUCAAAGAUCCUUAGCAAGGUGCAACCUCCACUCUUGUCUGCCAGCACUGGAGGUGUGUUGCAGUUUUCAAGUGGGCAGAACAACUCAGUCAAAGAAUGGGAAGACAAAAAGGUAUCAUCAGUGUCUCUUGAAAAUCCUACUGAAGUAUUUGAAGAUGGAGAAAACCCACCAAGCAGUCGAUCAUCAGAGAGUGGAUUUACUGAGUUUAUACAGUAUCAAGCAGACCGAAGUGAUGAUAUCGACAGAGACCUGAGUGAGGGGCAGGGAACAGCUGCCAUUCCCAUCGGUAGCACAUCCUCUGAGACCGAAACGGCCUCCACCGUAGGAUCUGAAGAAACCAUCAUCCAGGCCCCUUCCAUAGUCACCCAGGGCACAGCACCCCGAAGUGGGAAGACAGCCCAAAAAACUGCAAUGCAGUGUUGCUUGGAGUAUGUCCAGCAGUUUCUCACUAGACUUAUCAACCUCUACAUCAUUCAGGGCAACUCUUUUUCUCAGGCUUUGGCUACAGAGCAUUCAGGGGAUCUCAGUAGAGAGCAAGAAGAGACUUCAAAAUGGGAUAGGGAUUCCCAUGGAGAUGUAAAGGAGAGAAACAUAAGUAAACAGAAAACUUCAAAAGAAUACCUUUCUGCCUUCCUUUCUGCCUGCCAGCUCUUCCUGGAGUGCUCCAGUUUCCCAGUUUACAUUGCUGAGGGGAACCAUACUUCAGACCUACAUUCUGAGAAGUCUGAGACUGACUGGGAGCACGUGCAGCCUCCGCUGUGGCUCCAGACCCUGAUGAACGCUUGCAGCCAAGCAAGUGAUUUCAGUGUGCAGAGUGUUGCUAUUUCAUUAGUCAUGGACCUGGUGGGACUGACUCAGUCUGUGGCCAUGGUCACUGGGGAGAACAUCAACAGUGUGGAGCCUGCACAGCCCUUAAGUCCAAACCAGGGAAGAGUGGCGGUAGUUAUUAGACCUCCCCUCACUCCAGGCAAUCUGAGAUACAUUGCUGAGAAGACUGAAUUUUUCAAGCAUGUAGCUUUAACAUUGUGGGAUCAGCUGGGAGAUAGGACACCUCAGCACCAUCAGAAAAGUGUGGAACUGUUUUAUCAACUACAUAACUUGGUUCCUUCUUCUAGCAUCUGUGAGGAUGUUAUAAGUCAGCAGUUAACCCAUAAAGAUAAGAAAAUAAGGAUGGAAGCACAUGCAAAGUUUGCAGUUCUUUGGCAUCUGACAAGGGAUCUCCAUAUAAAUAAGUCGUCAUCUUUUGCACGUUCUUUUGACAGGUCACUGUUCAUCAUGUUAGAUAGCCUUAACAGUCUCGAUGGUUCCACCAGCUCUGUGGGACAAGCCUGGCUGAACCAAGUGCUACAAAGACAUGAUAUUGCAAGAGUUUUGGAACCAUUGCUAUUGCUCCUGCUUCAUCCCAAAACCCAGAGGGUUUCAGUGCAGCGUGUACAAGCAGAACGCUAUUGGAAUAAGGCUCCCUAUUAUCCCGGAGAAGAGAGUGACAAGCAUUUCAUGCAAAAUUUUGCCUGCAGCAAUGUAAGCCAAGUACAACUCAUUGCAUCUAAAGGAAGUGGUGAAAAGCCACUCACUAUGGACGAAAUAGAGAACUUUAGUCUCACUGUUAAUCCAUUGAGUGACAGACUUUCCCUUCUAAGUACCAGCAGUGAGACAAUUCCAAUGGUUGUAUCUGAUUUUGAUCUUCCAGACCAGCAGAUAGAAGUACUUCAGAGUUCCGACUCUGGAUGCUCACAGUCCUCUGCUGGGGACAACUUGAGUUACGAAGUAGAUCCUGAAAAUGUGAACGCCCAAGAAGAUUCUCAAGUGCCAGGUGCAAGCUCCCCAGAUGAUGAUGUUCAGCAGGUAGUGUUUGACCUGAUAUGUAAAGUCGUAAGUGGCCUCGAAGCAGAAUCUGCAUCAUUGACUUCUCAGUUAGAAAUGGAAGCUGUGCCCCCAGAGUACAGUGAUGUAGGUCCAGGUGAGGAGGCUCUUAAAACUGACGAGCAGUCUGCUCCACAGGAUCAGAGUGCUUUGCUGAGUAACGACAGUUCUCAGUUGCUGGCUGUGUCUGCAGAGGGAGGCCGUGAGUGUGUGGCAAAUGGAAUCUCCAGAAAUAGUUCCUCACCUUGUAUUUCAGGAACCACACAGAUUCUCCAGGACUCUAAUGCUGCUUCCAUAGAAACUAAAUCCAGGCAGAGGAGUCACAGCAGUAUUCAGUUCAGCUUCAAAGAAAAAUUAUCAGAAAAAGUCUCCGAGAAAGAGACCAUUGUUAAGGAGUCAGGUAAACAACCGGGAGCAAAACCUAAAGUAAAACUUGCCAGAAAAAAGGAUGACGACAAGAAAAAAGCUUCAAAUGAAAAACUCAAACAAACCAGUGUAUUCUUCAGCGAUGGUCUGGAUUUAGAGAACUGGUACAGCUGUGGAGAAGGAGAGAUUUCUGAAAUUGAGAGUGAUAUGGGUUCUCCAGGAUCACGGAAAUCUCCCCAUUUCAACAUCCACCCACUCUAUCAGCAUGUGCUUCUGUAUCUCCAGUUGUAUGAUUCAUCAAGGACUCUGUAUGCUUUUUCUGCCAUCAAAGCCAUCCUGAAAACUAACCCUAUUACUUUUGUAAAUGCCAUUUCAACCACUAGUGUAAAUAAUGCAUAUACCCCUCAGUUGUCUCUGCUUCAGAAUCUCUUGGCCAGACACCGGAUUUCUGUUAUGGGCAAAGACUUUUAUAGUCACAUUCCAGUAGACUCUAAUCAUAACUUCCGGAGUUCUAUGUACAUAGAAAUUCUUAUUUCCCUCUGCUUAUAUUACAUGAGAAGCCAUUACCCAACUCACGUCAAGGUCACUGCACAAGAUUUAAUAGGCAAUCGAAACAUGCAGAUGAUGAGCAUAGAAAUUUUGACACUUCUCUUUACUGAGCUGGCAAAAGUAAUAGAAAGCUCAGCAAAGGGUUUCCCUAGUUUUAUCUCUGACAUGUUAUCUAAGUGCAAAGUUCAGAAAGUGAUUCUUCACUGUUUGCUGUCAUCUAUCUUUAGUGCACAGAAAUGGCAUAGUGAGAAAAUGGCAGGUAAAAACAUGGUUGCCGUGGAAGAAGGUUUCUCAGAAGACAGCCUUAUCAAUUUCUCAGAGGAUGAAUUUGACAAUGGCAGCACACUCCAGUCACAGCUUCUUAAAGUGCUUCAGAGGCUCAUUGUUCUAGAACACCGGGUAAUGACUAUCCCCGAAGAGAAUGAAACGGGUUUCGAUUUCGUUGUAUCUGACCUGGAACACAUCAAUCCCCAUCAGCCCAUGACUUCUCUUCAGUAUUUGCAUGCUCAGCCAAUUACAUGUCAAGGCAUGUUCCUCUGUGCAGUAAUACGAGCUUUGCAUCAACACUGUGCUUGUAAGAUGCACCCACAGUGGAUUGGUUUAAUCACAUCUACUCUGCCUUACAUGGGAAAAGUUCUACAGAGAGUGGUUGUUUCUGUGACACUACAGCUUUGCAGAAAUUUAGAUAAUCUAAUUCAGCAGUACAAAUACGAAACAGGAUUAUCUGAUAGUAGGCCUCUGUGGAUGGCAUCAAUCAUUCCACCAGAUAUGAUUCUUACUCUUUUAGAAGGGAUCACAGCCAUUAUUCAUUACUGUUUGUUGGAUCCUACUACUCAGUAUCACCAACUUUUGGUCAACGUAGACCAAAAACACUUGUUUGAAGCCCGCAGUGGAAUCCUCUCCAUCCUUCACAUGAUCAUGUCCUCUGUGACUUUGCUCUGGAGCAUCCUGCAUCAGGCUGAUUCCUCAGAAAAGAUGGCUGUUGCUGCCUCUGCGUCUGUCACCACUAUUAAUCUUGGAGCCACAAAGAACUUGAGACAACAGAUCCUUGAAUUAUUGGGCCCCAUUUCAAUGAAUCAUGGUGUUCAUUUUAUGGCUGCUAUUGCAUUUGUGUGGAAUGAAAGAAGACAAAACAAAACGACCACCAGGACCAAGGCCUGUGUGCCCACGUACGUGCAUAACCGCAGUGAUGUGUUUAUCCAGGUCAUCCCUGCAGCCAGUGAAGAGCAGCUCUUACUAGUAGAACUGGUUCGCUCCAUCAGUGUCAUGAGAGCAGAAACCGUUAUGCAGACCGUGAAAGAAGUUUUAAAGCAGCCCCCAGCCAUAGCCAAGGACAAGAAGCACCUUUCUUUGGAAGUCUGCAUGCUUCAGUUUUUCUAUGCUUAUAUUCAAAGAAUUCCAGUGCCCAAUUUAGUGGAUAGCUGGGCAUCAUUGUUGAUACUUCUGAAAGACUCCAUACAACUGAGUCUUCCAGCCCCAGGGCAGUUUCUUAUACUUGGGGUUCUGAAUGAGUUCAUUAUGAAAAACCCUACUUUGGAAAAUAAGAAAGACCAAAGAGACCUUCAGGAUGUGACUCAUAAAAUAGUGGAUGCAAUUGGUGCCAUUGCUGGUUCUUCUUUAGAACAGACAACAUGGCUGCGACGAAAUCUUGAAGUUAAGCCUUCUCCCAAAAUAAUGGUGGAUGGGACCAAUUUGGAAUCUGAUGUUGAAGAUAUGUUAUCACCUGCAAUGGAAACCUCAAACAUAACUCCUUCUGUAUAUAGUGUCCAUGCACUGACAUUACUUUCUGAGGUUUUGGCUCAUCUUUUGGAUAUGGUUUUCUAUAGUGAUGAGAAGGAACGGGUUAUUCCUUUACUUGUAAAUAUUAUGCAUUAUGUUGUACCCUACCUCCGAAAUCACAGUGCACAUAAUGCUCCUAGUUAUCGAGCCUGCGUCCAGCUGCUUAGUAGUCUUAGUGGGUAUCAGUACACACGGAGAGCUUGGAAAAAAGAAGCCUUUGACCUCUUUAUGGAUCCCAGUUUCUUUCAGAUGGAUGCCUCUUGUGUUAAUCAUUGGAGAGCAAUAAUGGACAAUCUGAUGACACAUGAUAAAACAACAUUUAGAGACUUGAUGACUCGUGUAGCUGUGGCUCAGAGCAGUUCACUUAAUCUCUUUGCAAACCGUGAUGUGGAGCUAGAGCAAAGAGCCAUGCUUCUCAAAAGAUUAGCAUUUGCUAUUUUUAGCAGUGAAAUUGACCAGUACCAGAAAUAUCUUCCAGAUAUACAAGAGAGAUUGGUUGAGAGUCUCCGUUUGCCCCAGGUGCCAACUCUUCACUCUCAAGUGUUCCUGUUUUUCAGAGUAUUACUUUUAAGAAUGUCUCCACAACAUCUUACCUCACUCUGGCCUACCAUGAUUACAGAACUUGUACAGGUAUUUUUACUGAUGGAGCAGGAACUCACUGCUGAUGAAGAUAUUUCACGGACUUCAGGCCCCUCUGUGGCUGGUCUGGAGACAACCUACACAGGAGGUAACGGCUUUUCUACUUCAUAUAACAGCCAGCGAUGGUUAAACCUCUAUUUAUCUGCUUGCAAAUUUUUGGAUUUGGCUCUGGCGUUGCCCUCCGAAAAUCUUCCUCAGUUUCAGAUGUACCGAUGGGCCUUUAUCCCAGAAGCCUCCGAUGAUUCGGGUUUGGAAGUCCGAAGGCAGGGCAUACAUCAACGAGAAUUUAAACCUUAUGUAGUUCGACUAGCAAAACUUCUUCGGAAAAGGGCAAAGGACAAGGAGGAGGACUUUAAGACAGUGAUUUUGGAGGGAUUGGAGAUGGCCAAGCAUCAGAAAAACCCAGAGGAAGACAACUCAGGGAGAACGUUGGGUUGGGAGCCGGGGCACUUGCUGCUUACCAUCUGCACCGUGCGCAGUAUUGAGCAGCUGCUGCCAUUCUUCAACGUACUCAGCCAAGUCUUCAACAGCAAAGUCACCAGCCGAUGUGUAGGACACUCAGGGAGCCCCAUCCUCUACUCAAACACCUUCCCGAAUAAGGACAUGAAACUGGAAAACCACAAACCCUUUUCCAGCAAAGCCAGGCAAAAAAUAGAAGAGAUGGUAGAAAAAGAUUUUCUGGAAGGGGUCAUAAAAACUUGAAGCACCACAAGUGGUUCCAUUUAGUUAAAUGUAAUUAUUUAAGACAAACAUUGCUCUGAGUUGUAUAGGUUUUUUUCUUUUUUGUAUGUAACAAAACACAUUUCAGGUUGUAUUUAAUUUAAAUAUUUGUAAAUAAGAGCAAAUGUCUGAAUGUGGCCUGAAUCAAGUUUAAAUAUUGUUGGCUCAUAUUGAUUAUGGUGCCUAAGAGAGAUCUAUAUAUACAUAUAUAGUCCAUUGUUUUAUUGUCCUGAGUUGUCUUAAACCUGCAAAAUACACACUGCACAUUUUUUGCUGUUGGU